UGUCAGCGCAUAGGAGCUACUUUUGAAGUUAGAGAAACCGCACUCAUCCUCAAUCAAUCCUCAAUCAAUUCAUCGUCAAGCUCAAAAGCACACGAGGCAAACAACGAGCCGACCUGGAGUCAACCGCAUCAUGUCGAGGACUAGGUCGGGUCUGGUCGUGCUACUCUUGCUGGCGGCGCUGUGCUGCCAACACGCUACCGCUCAGUCGUCUCAGACUCUGAUGCUCUACAACCUGGGCCUGGUCCCUUCGGAUCCGUCCGCGCUUGUCGUCAACACGACGCAGUUUUAUGCAACAGUGUGCAUUCGCGACGCUACAGUCAAUCCUUCCGAUUGCGCCCAAACCACCACAACCCCCGUGUUCACGGUCCCUGAGACCGGCUCCAUCUCUCCGCCUUCCGUUGUUUACAGCAAUCCGAGCGCUGUGCUUACGCCGUACAAUUUCGAUGUUUACGUAUACCGCGUUGCUGACGCCGUGCUGGCACCAGACCAGCUGGUCGCCUUCCUCCACCGUGAAAACUCGGUGAUGGUGUGGGGCCAAACCGACGAGUUUGGCGGCAGCGCGACCCCUUCGGCCAUGCCGCAAUCCAUUGCUCCGUCACCCACAGCUGGAGCAGCUUCAGCCACCACCUGGACCAGCACCAUUAGCUACAACAUUCAGAUUGCGUGUACGAGCGAUCACUAUGGACCUUUUUGCAACAUUUCGUGCUCGCCCGCCAUCACUUGCAGUGGCAGCGGCUCGUGUGUGUCGGAGACUGGCGCGUGUGCUUGCGACAGCGGCACGUACGGCUCGGAUUGCAGCAUGACAUGCACUUGUGUUCAUGGCACUUGUGACGAGACCAGUCUGGAUGGCUCUUGUGUCGCUGGCUCCUGCGAGGCUGGUUUCGAAGGCCCGCUUUGCGAUCAGGAAAUGGUGACUUCUUCUUCCACAGAUUCUCAAAGUUCAACCGUUGCAGAGGAGCCUUCCACAACGACUUUCGUUGCCAGCGAAACUCCCUCAGCAGAAGUCUCUUCAACUGAGCUGCUCUCGAACACCCCAUCAGUCACUCCAGACUACUCCUCGAACACUCCGUCAGUCACUCCAGACUACUCGUCACACACCCCGUCAGUCACGCCAGAAUUUACGAUGCCAACCGACAUUGUUUCAAGUCAAUCUGUAGUUAGUAUGCCCGGCCCCUCGCAGGCGGUGUCAUCGAGUGAUCUGGCCUCAGACACUACCACUGCUCAAGAGUCGGAACCCGUCUCAUCCACAGCUCUGGAGGCCGCGUCGUCGACCUCCGUCGAAGCCCAAACAGCAGCAGCCUCCUCGCCUGCCGGAACAACAUCUGCUCCUUCGCACAGCACUGGUGCACCAGCGCCAGACUCGGGCAGCAGCAGCAGCUCGCUGGGAGCAAUCAUUGGUGCGGUGGUUGGUGGCGUGUUUGGCAUUCUGCUGAUUGUGUUUGUGGUCGUGUGUCUGUGCCGUGGACGUCAUACGGGCGUGCGUUGGGGAUCGGUGCGCAAGCAUCCUGCCAGCCGGGACGUGGAGAUGGCCGCGCGCAGCAACAGCUCGACCAGCAUCCUUACCAGCGUCAAUGGCAAUGGCAGUGGCAAUGGCACUCCCAGCGAAACACGCGUGGCCUCGUCGGGCAUUGAGGAGGUGAACGCUUCCCGAAACGGCACUGCCAAGAGAACGAUGCGUGGAAGCGGCUCGAUUGGCGCAAAGUCCACACUCACGCGUGCUUUUGCCGCUUCUGCCGCGGCCGGUGGAACUCGCGGACAUCAAGCUUCUACGGGUACGCUGUCUGCCGCCAGUGGUAGUGCCAUGCUCAGCCCGGCCGCGCGCGAAAUUGAAGCUGCAGGCGGCGCUCGCAUCACGCUUCCUGCUGGGUUGCAAGAGUUGCUGUACGACUCCAACGACAUUGCUCUCCGAGGCGAAAUUGGCACGUGCCAGUUUGGCCGCAUUUUCCAUGCCGAUCCGGCCAUCGUCGCGUCCUCCACCACCGACACGAGCAAAGAACCGCCUCGAAAAGCCGCACUCCUGCUCUCGGGGUACUCUACUCCGGUUUUGCUCGUGCAAAAGCUGCUUGAGGAUGUGGCCGUUUUGAGCAAGUGCGAUCACGAAAAUAUUGUUCGCAUCUCUGCGAUUUGGCUUCCUCCCCACCUCCCUCUGUCGGCGGCUGUGAUUUUCGAGCGCAGUCCCUUCGGCAACCUCCGCCAAGUCUUGCAUCGCUUGGCCGCCACGUCGUCCAACCCAGCAGCAUGCAUCCAGCCCGAACUGGAGCCUGACACGGCUGCUGGCGGGGCGCGUCCUUCCGCACUCGCUGCCUUUGGCUCUGCGCAAGACCCGCUCAAGUGGCCCACGCCCCUGAGUCCCGCUCUGGUCACGCACAUUGCGUUGCAAAUCACCGAGGCGCUUGCGCAUCUGUCAUCUCGCGGGCUAGUGCACGGGCGUCUGUCUUGCCGAGCGGUGCAUGUGUUUAGCUACAGCACCGUCAAGCUUGGCAUGGUAGAGAUGGACCCCGUCGUCCCAGGCGAUCAAGAGACCGCCGCUGGCAUGGUGUUAUUGCGCACAAAGAUUCCCACCAGUCCCGCUGGCGAUGUUUGGCGCUUUGGCUACCUCCUGCACGAACUCGUCACUUGCGGCGAGCUCGGCACGUUUGGCGGUUGCCCCAGCGACGCGACGGUUGUUGGAAUGCUCCUUCCAGGGCGCACUUCGCCCUUGCAACGGCCGCCGCAUUGCUCGACUGAAAUCUUUGCGAUGAUGACAGACUGCCUCGCCCUUGGCUCGCCCGAGCAGCCGACAUUUGCACACCUUGCGAACACGCUUCGGCGACUCGACAAACCGUCUCUCUCAGCCGAAAAUUCCAUGGUCUCUAUUUGUUAGUUAGCGAUCAAUUGUAUUUUUUUUUCAACAAAAACAAAAAAGCAAAAAUCACACA